AUGCUCACUUGCAGGGUUCUGCCCCUGGAGGGGUACUCUCUCCUUUCCGCCGCCGCAGCUCGCCGGAGCGUCGCCAGAAUCCGGUGUGGAUGGCCCUUGAGUUCAUCCCAGCUUCCUGGCUCCUGCGCGGCCCCCUUCCCUCGUUUGGGGUACCCUGGGAGGGGGAGCUUAUCCAGCUAUUCGUCCUCGGAAGCCGCUGCUGCCGCCGAUCAACUGGAGGAGGACUUGUCACAGGACACCGUCGAGGAGCUGCUCGUGAAGGCGGACAAGAUCAAGGGGCUGAUGAAGAUGGAGAGGAGAUCGGACGUGGAUGGGGGAGGGGCGAGGAGGGGUAGCAGGUGGUUCCCGUAUCUGGAUGCGUACCGAGCGGGGACGGGGACGGUGACGAGCCGUGAGGUGGUCGAGGUCGUCGAGCCUUACAUAAUGGAUUCGAGGAAGGAGAGAAUGAAGAAGGUUGUGGGCGGCCGGAGCUACUCGAUUUGCUUGGUCAUCGAGGGUCUGACGGACUUCGGGAACGUCUCCGCCGCCUUCCGAUCGGCGGAUGCGUUAGGGAUCCAGUCGGUGCACGUCAUCUCCAACGUGCAAAGCAGAAGGUGCUCCUGUGAGGUGAAAAGCCUCGUGGGCAUUCUCUCCCUUCCCUGGGUCUUUCUCGUUGAUGGGUCUGGCUUAGAAUCCGACCAUCCCCCACCCCUGUUCUUCGGAAUGAUCGUAUGAUUGUGUGACUCCCGUCUGUGACACGUGCGUUCAGGUACCGUGACAAUCGCCAUGUUAGCAUGGGAGCGGAGAAAUGGCUCGAUAUAGAGAUAUGGAGCUCAGCCACGGAGUGCUUCAAGGUUUUGAAAUCUCGCGGCUACCGCAUUGCAACUACUCAUCUGGGAACCGGCACGGUACCUUCUUCUCUCACACGUUCUAAUGGCGUGGAUCUUCUUCUGCUGGAUCAUUUAAUAUAGCCUGGUUGACAGUAAUCCAUCCCCGUGAGCAUUUGGUAGCUAAUAUUUUUUUGUCAACUUUCAAUCACUGCGGACUGGAGUGCAUAAGAUUGUUUGGCAAUCAUGCACAUAUUAUACAAUUAUUAUUAAUUAAUUUUAUGAUGUGUUCCGUGAGAAUGCAACCUCUGCGGAAUUGUGUGUGGACCUGCAUUUAUUGCUUACAUUUUAGGAUUAUUGCUGGCAUUUCCCAGCAACCAUGGUGUGCUAAGCUUGGGACUUUGUCCAUUUCAGAAAUGCCAAUAACUUGGGUCUGCUUCCAGUUCUUAUACCUUGGUCUCCUCCUUUCAUGCCUGUAAUGCCUUUUUUACAGUCAGUUGAGUUGCAUUCCCUGAUCUUUUUGAAAUAUGCCUGAUUUUCCUCAUAAGUUCACGAAAUUAGACUAAUCUUUCUGUCUCGUGAUUCACAUAUCUUUAUCUUGAUAUUCAAUUGAAUUUUAUUUCUUCUUGUUCUAUGUGCUCUGCAGGCAUCGAUAUAUGACGUGGAUUGGUCGAGUCCAAUGGCGAUAGUCAUCGGAAACGAACAAAUGCAAGUGCCAUCUAUCAGAUAGAUCUUUCUUUACCUUUAGUAUUAUGCGCAAUAACCCUACCCCUUAUUCACAUCAAUCUGGAUCACCCCCACCCACCACCCAGCAUUAUUUUGAUUCCGGUGUUAACUCGAAGUUGCUGAUUUCAGGGGUAUAAGCCAAGAGGCUUUAGAGAUUUCAGACUUGCACUGCAGCAUUCCCAUGAAUGGGAUGGUGGAUUCCUUCAAUGUUUCAGUUGCAGCAGGCAUCCUCAUGCACCAUGCUGUCUGUGAUAAAGUUUCCCGUCUGGUAAGCCUCACUGAGCAAUAAAUGAUUCAAACAAGUUACUAUGCAAUGAACCUGGGGAAUUUUACGCAAAUGUAAAACUGAAAUUGAUCCGAUUAGGCUGCAUUGAUUCCCAUUAGUGAUCACGGAAUCAAGCCUAGUGUGUCAUGUGCUAGAUGAACUGGAUCUUAAUAGGUUGCAUUUCCUGGACUCAUAAAAGGUAAGAAUAGUCCCAUAUUGAUUAUUUAAGACAUGCCCGCAUAUGCUUGUUGGUUUUGAGUCGGAUAGCUCAACGAUUCUAUCAUGGCAUCAGAGCAGAUCGUGGCAAAACCUAAAAUUCAGGGGGGGCAUGUUGAUAUUAGUCCCCCGUUGGUCGCGUUAGUAUUGAGUAGGAUGUGGGGGUUUAAUGUUCCAAAAAAUGUGGAAAUUUGUAUGAUAUCCUUCUUGGUAUGAUCUCACAUCUCCAUACGGGUGGCAUAGAGAGAAGGAUCUGUUCUUUUCUUCUCUUAGACGGACAGAGCUUCUUCCUCAGCUGAAUGGAGGGCAACAGACUUCUGCCUAGAUAUCUAUCCCCUGGCAUUUGAACUCGAACUGCCUUUGCAGUGCAGACCCUACAUUCACAUCAAUUCACACAUAUUUAUGUGUAUAUGCAUAAUUAUGUAUAUAUGGUGAGAUGGUUUUUAGGUGGUGGAAGAUGAAUCAGGGAAACGUGUAGGAUCUGUUUGUUUUGCUGAUGGGUUUCUUAUUAUCUAAUUUUUUGUGGAACAAAUCCAGCGAUUAGUGCUUGUAGACUGUUUCUUUGAUCUCAAUGAUUUUGCCCAGAAGAUAUAGAACCAGUGGUUUGAUCUACACAUUCCCCACUGAAGCUCCAAUGCCAAAUGCAGGGUUCUCACGGUGAUCUGACGUCCGCUGAAAGAGAAAUCUUGCUGGCAGAGUUCUUCCUGAGACACAGGGACAGCACAGCCAACAUCGUUGAGCAGUAUGCCAGACACAGGCGAGGCUAG